UGUAUGUCCAGGUCCGCAUGAUAUCUUUCUCCCACUUGAUGGUCGAAUGGGAACCACCCGAGGAACCUAACGGACAGAUCAUGGGGUACCGUGUGUACUACGACACAGACAAGAAUGACACUCUGAGUGGGUGGAAGAAACACAGCACUGAAGACAGCCAAGUGACCAUCAUAUCAGAGCUGUAUCCUAACAUCAUCUACAAUCUCAGGGUGUUGGGGUUCACCUCUGUAGGGGACGGACCGCCCUCGGAAAUACUGCAGUUCAAGUCUCGGUAUGGAGUACGUUGUAUCCCUCCUCGGUUCUCCAUCCCACCUACCAACCAUGAGGUGAUGCCUGGGAGCAGUGUCAAUCUGAUUUGUGUUGCUAAGGGAACGCCCGUGCCCUAUGUCAAGUGGUUAAAGGGAGAAAUUGAACUCACCAAGGAGGAUGAGAUGCCCAUUGGUUGGAAUAUUCUGAAGUUGACAAUCGUCAAAGAGUCAGCCAACUACACCUGCGUGGCCAUGUCAUCACUGGGCAUGAUCAAGGCUACCGCUCAGGUCUCCGUCAAAGCCCUCCCCAAGCCCCCAACCUCUCUCAUAGUGACUGAGACCACAGCCACCAAUGUGACCCUCUCCUGGGACUCUGGGAACCCUGAACCUGUGUCCUUCUACAUUAUCCAGUACUGGCCUAAAACCAACUACACAGGCUUCCAAGAGGUGGACGGAGUAGCUACCACCAGUUACAGCAUCGGCGGGCUCAGCCCCUACUCAGAGUAUGAGUUCCGUGUGAUGGCGGUGAACAACAUUGGGCGGGGGCCACCCUCUGACCCGGUAGAGACCCGUAUGGGGGAGCAGGCUCCCUCUUCACCCCCCCUGAAUGUCAAGGUUCGCAAGCUGUCUAUCUCCAACAUAAUGGUCCAAUGGGAACCACCCGAGAAACCUAACGGACAGAUCAUGGGGUACCGUGUGUACUACGACACAGACAAGAACGUCCCUCUGAGAUGGUGGAAGAAACACAGCACUGACGACAGCACAGUGACCAUCAUAUCAGGGCUGUAUCCUGACGCCACCUACAAUCUCAGGGUGCUGGGGUUCACCUCUGUAGGGGUCGGACCCCCCUCGGACAUACUGCAGUUCAAUACUCCGCAUGAAGGUUUCAGUAUUGUCAUCUACCCUAUCCCUCCUGACACUAACCUUCCUGCCUGUGGAAGAAAGGGAGAGAGAGAGAGAGAGAGGGAGGGAGGCUGGGACCAGCUAAGGCCAAAUACAUUACUGAGGUACUCUAGGGCUAAAGGUGGAGCGUGGUAACUGGAUCUCUAGAAAGGAGCAUGCAGACGGCCGACCAAUAACUAUUUUUCCUUUUGUUAGGUUCUGACAAACAGAGUGAAAAAUUAACGGACAACUAGUCAAAGCUCAAACCAAGUCUAUUCACCCAAUGGGUCCAAUAGCUGCAAAGACAAAAGACAUAUUUACACAAGCACAUGUAUUUAUACCUUCCUCCUAUGCCGAGUCUCCUCCUUACACAUCUGGACAGCCAAUACAUCUCUGUUGCUAGGCAGGACUUUAGUGAUGCCUGUUCUUUCUCAUUUCAUCUGACCUGACCUCGGCCCAAAUUCCUCACCCCUUCCCCAACUCACGGCUGUCCUGUUGACUGGAGCCAGACUGUGGCCCUUCUCCAUAGGAUACAUGAUGUCUAACAAUUACAUUUUCUGACAGAAAGUAAACGUUCUGCAUUCCCCUCUCGACCUCAGUAGCGUGAAUAAGGAUAUUUCAUAUUUCAAGUUUAGAAGUCAGUACCCAUCACCCAUUUUAAUUACAUUACAGCACGUCACCGAAUGCCACCUGUCAUAUCUUGGGUGCAUAUAUUAUUUGUCAAUAAAGAAACUUCUGAUUGUGAA